GGGGAGGGGAACCAGAACCAGAACCAGGAGAGAAAACAACCUCGGCGUGCUUGUGGUGUUUACCUUAGUCCACCCCAAAACCGUUCUCCUUAAACCACAUCCUCGUAUAAGCAUCUAGACUAGAUUCCUUCGAACAUUGAUUCAUAGGAAAUUGGAAAAGCUUUUUUGAUCUUCGUAGAUAUGCAAAUAGCACGAUGGCGAAACAUUCUGUCGAUGAAGAAUCACAUAAUUCCACCGGUUUCUCAUUUCUCUGCUUUUCAUUCCACUCCUUGUUCCUGUCACAAAUGGAACAGCAACCCCGAUUCAAGAAAAGGACAGCAGCAACCAUCUAAGGACCAUAUUAGAUUUGUUACUCGUCAAAAGCGUGCUGAUGCAAAAAAAGCUCUUAAACAUCUCCUUUACAGUGGUGGAUCCUCAAGAUUUUCAUUUGAGGACAAAAAAACAAAUUGGAAGCUUGAUGGAAACUCUGAUGCUCGUUCAAGUAGCUAUUCCAAUAAAGGCCAACCAAAGUCUGGUCAACGGUUUGGUGGAAAACCACAAAAGAAAAAUAAACGAAAAAUCAGAAGACAAAGUUUUUGUGAGGAAGGUGAUGGCCAACCUGAACAGGUAUUUCAUGCAACAUUUGGUAACCGAAGUUAUACCUGGUCCUUCUGCAAUACGAAUGGAUCUUCUUCUGAACAUUCCAAAUAUGGGUUUGAAUGGAGGGAACAUACAAAUAAGACAAACAGAAACAAGUGGAAAAGUGCAAGUGAUGAUGAGGAUGAUGGUAAUGAUAAAGAUGAUGGUUCAUGCCGUGUAGGAUCAAGUUCUGAUAGAACUAUUCUUGGUUUGCCUCCAACAGGUCCAUUAAAGAUAGAAGAUGUUAAAAUUGCUUUUCGUUUAUCUGCUUUAAAAUGGCAUCCUGAUAAGCAUCAAGGCCCUUCGCAGGCAAUGGCUGAAGAAAAAUUCAAACUGUGUGUAAAUGCAUACAAGACAUUAUGCAAUGCUCUCUCCCCGGCUUAGGAGGCAGUAGUAUAGCUUCUCAAAUUCAAUUGGUUGUAUUUUAUUCAGAAUAAAAAGUCAGGAUAUUUGCUUUUAUUUAUGUAACCAUUAGGUGCUCACUCUAACCGGAAGAGUAGUGAAGAUGUUUCAGUCAGAAAAGCACUUUUUUCUUUUCAAUGUAAAUUUAAUUAUCUGCUCCCAUUGAAUGGGAUUAUAUCAUUAUAAUCUGCUUAUUGAAAUUAGUUUUAGCAUAAA